GCCAGGAGGUUGUUCUUCGGCAGCUUCUUUGCUUACAAGAGUAUACCCGCCUGCUUCAGAAGCUGCAGGAUUUUCCCCCCUUUUCCAAUUACCCUCCCCCACACUUGGAUUCAUUUAACUUGAAGUGUGUUUUUUGUCUGCAUGUGAACCGUUUAGUCGAAAGAAAAAAGAAAGCAAAGCCUGGAAGGCUAGUUGCACACCGCAUCAGCUACCAUGGUACCACGUUAUGGCAUGUUCUUUCGGUCUUCACUUACGUUUAGAAAAUAUCUCUGCGCCAGUGUUACACAGGCAAAAGGGUCGGAGCUUCAUGCGAUACGCUGUAUGAAAUAGUGCGGUGGUGCUCCUUGGAAGCAGGCCAGUGUCUUUGGGAGAGAACGUUUAACGGAGAGAUGGGAUGUCUUGGCACUGUGGAACUGCUUGCUUAUUUGCACUGAGGGAAAAGAGAGGAAGGGCUGUGUCUGACUGAAUUCCAGUGAUCAACAUUUCAGAACGGACUACAAUGGAACUGAUGCUGCAGCCUUUUUAGGCCAUAGGCCUCCUGGACUGGAUUUUUUAAAUAUAUAUAUAUCAGAUGUGUGAUUAAUUAGGAAUCAAUCGACAUCUUUGUUUUGGAAUUUCAUGUUGGUGAGAUCCUGAAAUCUAAAGAUGACUGAGGGGCGUCGAUGUCAAGUGCACCUUCUCGAUGACAGGAAGCUCGAACUUCUUGUGCAGCCCAAACUCCUGGCGAAAGAUCUGUUGGACCUGGUGGCUUCACAUUUUAACCUGAAAGAAAAGGAAUAUUUUGGAAUAUCCUAUACAGAUGAAACGGGCCACUUUAGCUGGUUGCAGCUUGAUCGCCGAGUACUGGAACAUGACUUCCCCAAAAAGUCAGGACCAGUUACGCUGUACUUCUGUGUCAGGUUCUACAUUGAAAGUAUAUCCUACCUGAAGGAUAAUGCCACAAUAGAACUGUUUUUCCUCAAUGCAAAGUCUUGCAUUUACAAGGAACUGAUUGAAGUUGACAGUGAAGUGGUCUUUGAAUUAGCCUCCUAUAUUUUGCAGGAGGCAAAAGGAGACCAUAUCAGCAUUGAAGUCACAAGAGCUGACUUGAAGAAACUGCCAGCACUCCCAACUCAAGCACUGAAGGAGCACCCUUCCCUUGCUUACUGUGAGGACAGAGUUGUAGAGCACUACAAGAAGCUAAGUGGUCAGUCCAGAGGUCAAGCAAUUGUAAACUAUAUGAGCAUUGUGGAAUCAGUUCCCACAUAUGGAGUGCAUUAUUAUGCAGUAAAGGACAAGCAGGGUAUUCCUUGGUGGUUGGGACUAAGUUACAAAGGAAUAUUUCAGUAUGAUCACCAUGACAAAGUAAAACCAAGAAAGGUGUUCCAAUGGAAGCAGCUUGAAAACCUGUACUUCAGGGAAAAAAAGUUUUCUGUGGAAGUGCAUGACCCCCGCAGAGCAUCAGUGUCGAGAAGAACCUUUGGGCACAGUGGAAUUGCAGUGCAUACAUGGUAUGCCUGUCCUGCACUGAUAAAGUCCAUUUGGGCUAUGGCUAUUAGCCAGCACCAAUUCUAUCUGGAUAGAAAGCAGAGCAAGUCAAAAAUCCAUGCUGCACGAAGCUUGAGUGAAAUAGCUAUUGACCUGACAGAAACUGGAACCCUAAAGACCUCUAAACUUGCCAACAUGGGAAGCAAAGGGAAGAUCAUCAGCGGGAGCAGCGGCAGUCUUCUGUCAUCAGGUUCCCAGGAGUCUGAUAGCUCCCAGUCUGCCAAGAAAGACAUGCUGGCUGCACUGAAGUCCAGGCAGGAAGCUCUGGAGGAGACACUCCGCCAGCGUCUGGAGGAACUCAAGAAGAUUUGCAUACGAGAGGCGGAGCUAACAGGGAAAUUACCUAAAGAGUAUCCCUUGGACCCAGGGGAGCAGCCACCUGCUGUCCAACGGAGGAUUGGCACUGCCUUUAAACUGGACGAACAGAAAAUUCUGCCAAAGGGAGAGGAGGCUGAGUUGGAAUGCUUGGAGCGAGAGUUUGCCAUCCAGUCUCAGAUCACAGAGGCAGCGCGUCGAUUGGCCAGCGACCCCAAUGUCAGCAAGAAACUGAAGAAACAAAGGAAAACCUCCUACCUGAACGCACUAAAAAAACUGCAGGAAAUUGAGAAUGCAAUUAACGAGUAUCGUAUCAAAUCUGGAAAGAAACCAACUCAGCGGGCUUCUCUUAUUAUAGAAGAAGCAAAUAUUGGCUCUGAAGACGGUUCACUGUCAGACGCCCUUGUUCUUGAGGAUGACGAUUCUCAGGUGACUAGCACCUUUUCCCCUACAGCUUCCCCUCAUAAAGGUCUGCCUCCCCGGCCCCCUUCCCACAACAGACCCCCUCCUCCACAGUCCCUGGAGGGGCUCAGGCACAUGCAUUACCAGCGCAGCGACUACGACAAGUCUCCUAUCAAACCCAAAAUGUGGAGCGAGUCUUCUUUAGAUGAGCCAUACGAAAAAGUCAAGAAGCGCUCUUCUCACAGUCACUCCGGCAGUCACAGGCGCUUUCCUAGUUCAGGGAGCUGUGCAGAGGCUGGAGGGAGUAACUCUCUGCAGAACAGCCCGAUCAGGAGCCUCCCCCACUGGAACUCCCAGUCCAGUAUGCCAUCCACCCCGGAUCUACGUGUACGGAGUCCGCAGUAUGUCCAUUCCACAAGAUCAGUCGACAUCAGCCCCACCCGACUGCACAGAUUAGUACAGCACUUUAGACACCGGAGCUCCAGCCUAGAGUCGCAGGGCAAACUGCUGGGUUCUGAGAACGAGACGGCCAGCCCUGACUUCUACACCCCACGGACACGCAGCAGCAAUGGCUCGGACCCCCUGGACGACUGCUCCUCCUGCACCAGCCACUCCAGCUCCGAGCACUACUACCCUGCCCAGGGCAACCCUAAUUACUCCACUCUGGCCGAAGACUCCCCUUCCAAGGCAAGGCAGCGACAGAGGCAGCGGCACAAAUCGGCAGGGAACCUGGGCUCCUCCAACUCCGGCAGCAUGCCCAACCUGGCUGCUAAAAACGGGGGUGCUCAUCACGGGGUGUACCUGCACAGCCAGAGCCAGCCUUCCUCACAGUACCGCAUCAAGGAGUAUCCGCUGUACAUCGAUGGCAGCCCCACGCCGGUUGUGGUGCGCAGCCUGGAAAAUGACCAGGAAGGACACUACAGUGUGAAAGCACAGUUCAAAACCUCCAACUCUUACACAGCAGGGGGGAUGUACAAGGAGAGCUGGCACGGGGAUGAGGGGGAAGGCAGUGGCCGGUUGACCCCCUCCCGCUCUCAAAUCGUAAGGACUCCCUCACUGGGACGGGAAGGUGGGGGCAGGACUGCCGUGUCGGACGAGCUCAGGUGUUGGUACCAGCGCACCUCAUCCACCCUCAAAGAGCACAACAGACUAUCGCACACCAGCUCCAACUCCUCUGACAGCGGCUCACAGUACAGCACGUUGCAGAGCUCCUUCACGGCACACAGCAGGAAGUCCAGGAUGUCUCAAAUGUCCAAAGCACCGUCAGCUGCCUCACCUCACAGUCAGAGGAGCAUGACGCCGAACAGCGAGUCUGCAGCCACGCCCCCCAGCAGUCCACAUCAUAUCCUAAGCUGGCAGAGUGGGUCCUACAAUGACAGCUGUUACCUGGAGAGUUCCUUGUACACUGAAUUAGCAGAUGUCCAGUGGUAUGGGCGAGAAAAGGCCAAGCCUGGGACUCUGGUCUGAACUCCUGUUUUGUUACUGUUACCACAUCAAUGUCAUUCUGAGAUCGCAAAACACUAUCCUAUCAUUUGCCUUAUAUGGGCAGUAUUACACUCCAUUCGCUUCAGCUCCCACCACUUAUACUCCACAAUGAGCAAUGCCAUGAUUAGGGACUCUGUGAACUGACUGAGCUAUGGUACCCUACAGACUGUCAGUGGUUGGUACUGGUAUUUUUAUCCUUCUGGGUAUCUGACCAUGAACUAAACAUUACCCACUGACUGGCAGAUGCCACAUGAUCAGCCAUUAGGCCAGCCUUCAAGAAGUCAACAGCAUUCAUAGUCAGUUUUGAAUUCACAAAAAUGAAGUCUUUGUAGAAAUGCUGGUGUUGCAAACAAGCCACUAGACUCUGUGGUCUCGGACAGCUGAUGUUUAUUUCCAAUGCAAUACUAAUUAUGUUUUAUUUGGUGCCAGCCCAUGGUCCCAUAACAAAGUUAACCUUCAUAGAGUUGUCUAUGUGUUCCUUCAACCUACAUUGUCUGGAUUUUGGGAACAAUAAAACUAAAAAGGAAGAAAACAAAAGAUACUAACAUUGUACUGGACCAAUAAAUAAAUACAAAAUUAAAAUAUUUUAAACCCUGCCUUUUAUUUUUUAAAUAAUUGGAAAAUGUUAAGAAUAUUUUUCCCCUAAAUGUUUUGAAGCAAAAAAUGAUUCAGAAUCCACAAUCAAAAGGCACGUUUUUGGAUCAGCAGUGUCUGCCAGCUGCAAACAUUUGUAAUUAUGAUGGAGCAUCACAUUAGCUGCUGAACUACCAAAGAUAAAAAGAAAAAAGACAAAAGAUAUGGGACUUUACAGAGGUUUAUCUGAAAAAUACUUCACUCGACGAAGCCCUAGCCUUCAACACAGAGCACAGUCCAAUACACAUUAUUGAUCUGUAACUCAAGGACUUGAUACAUAGGUUGUUCAACCUAUAUUAGUCAGUUUACUUCUGAUUUUCCUGUUUUUUGUUACUACCCCAGGUACUGCAGUGUUAUUCAUCGUAAAGCCAAUAAAAGCUGAGGAACAGUUUUUUGCAAUAUGCAAAAAAAAAACUAAAAAAAUUGAUUGACCUGGAUCCAGGUUUUUAUUUUAGCUACAUGCUUUCACUGAUGCACAAUCACCACCAUACUCAAAACUGCUUUUGGCUAGUGGCGUUUUUUUGUUUUUUUUUUAACUCGGUUCAGCUCGUAAGUAAAAAACAAAACAAAUGAGAAAACUCAUUGUUUGGAACCAUUUUAUAUUUUUAUUUUUUUUAAACGGUUGGGACAACAUACAAUUGUCCAUUUUAGAUAGCUCAGUCCAUAAAGGUUCAUAUCUCAGGCUAAUCAGUGCCCACCUUUCUUCUGUAAUGGCAAAGGCAGGGCCCACACAGGUGCUUUACCCUCAGGUGCUCCAUUGCCUGUACUGUAACAUCACUGAAACAGCUAUGAAACAAACCUGUAUUCCUGGAACUGUUCGAACAUGGCAGCUUACUGUGGGUGGGUUAAAGGUAGCAUUUUGCCAUCAUUUUAAUCCUACAGACCAAGUGGCAUGAGACUGGCUAAACAGGUCACACGCAUGAUUAGAUCAAACUUGGUAUGUUAUUAUGUGACUAUUAUAAGUCAUGAUUGAUUUUUAUCCACAUUCUGUCUUGGAGAACAAAAUGCAGGUUUGUACCAGGCUGUGGGUAUAAGUUGUACGUUAUAAUUGCUUGUCUCUUGCUGCAGAAUGCACAAUGUUCACAUACAGUAUAUGGACCUUGGAUUAAACUGUACACUUUUUAUAUGAUGUAAAAAGAUACUGUGAACCCUUAGCCGGUAAAAUUUAUAGCCAUAAACAACAGCCAGUCUUAAGUUUGCUUUUCAGAAAUCUGUGUGUAUAGAAACAGUCUAAAAUAAACAAAUUAAUAAGCGACUUACAAGCUGUUUCUGUUGCAUAUAAAGGAACAAAAUAAUUGAUAUACACAUACUUCAUAAAACAUCACUUGGCUCAGUUUAUAGUUAUUUUAAUAUUGUUUCCAGUUAGGUGAGGAAGGGGUAGUCAAUGCCUGUAAAUUAUAGUAGGUGUAGUACUGUAUUUUUUCUUUGAAAUAUGAACAAUUUUAAGUAGUUACUUGGUUCCUGUUUAUUCAUAAUGUAACUGUUCCAUAAUGCUGCUUGCUCCAGGUAGCUAUCCUUUUAUAUCUACCAAUCACCUCUGCUAUCAAUGCGUAUCAAGACAGACAGAACAGUCAAGUUUUUUUUUUUUUUCUGUGUUUAUUUUUUUCAAAUGAUUUCUGUAUGAAUGUUUUUGACAUCCACUGGCCAGGAUAUUGGCCAAGUCUAUUAUUACAUAUGACUUAAUAUUGCGUAUUUAAAUUUCAACAUGGUUUAUCAUCAUUUAAAGCAAAGUACUGUGUAUGACUUGACGUAAUGCUGGCACAUAAUGUGAAAUCACUACUGCGUUUUCAGCAAAGGGGUUGUAUUGUGGCUGCCUUUGUAAUUGAAGGGAAUAUUUCUGCUUUUCCGAGCAGAGCCGUGUUUGAAUGGUAUGAAGACAGCAAUGGUGAAAGCAGACCAAGAGAAAGAAAUCCAGAAAAAUAAAAGCCUAUACAACACCAAGAAAGGCAGAGCAAGCGGAGCCGAUUAGAACAAAAAAUCAGAUCUCCACGGCAACAGUGCUGUCUGAUGGUUUUUUUCUGUUUGUUUUGCCAUUAUUUAUAGAUUAAUCACAAACAUAAAAUUGAGUAGUGAAAAAUCCAACCACCUUUUAAAUUUCAUGCUGAAAUAAAGCUUUAAAAACACUGUUUCUAUUCUAAUAAAAAAAUUAAAAAACACCUUCAUCCCAAUCAACAGUGGAGCUACAAUUACACAUUCUAGCAGCGCUACAAACGGCUUACGGUUGCUUCAAUAUUGAACAUCUAUAAACAGAUUUCUUAGGGUUUUCUUGUGGUUAAACACAGGUGUUCGAUUAGGAAUGUUAAAAACUGGGCCGUACUUGACAUUAAAAAACGAAACUAUGUUUAUUUAUUCCUUACUAUACCAUACCACUGCUGUCUUCAUGGGUACAGUUGAAAGUUUGUAGCUAAGAGUCAGGCAUAAUUACUAACAUUCAUCAAAGUUAAAAAGGCAGUUAUUCAAAGACAUUGACCAUUGUUUAAAGAUGUUGAAAUCAUUUUUAAGUCAAUAUUAGCUUUUAGUUUGGACAUUGUAACAACCCCUUUCAGGUGCUACAAAAUGACCAGUUACUGCUUAGUUACCUAGGUGUAGAAUGUUACUUAUAUUGUGGUCACUAGUUUUAUUACCAGUUGUCUAACAAGAAGGACAUUAGUUUAAAAACAAACUAUAUAGGUCACUCCCUCCAACUGACAGUAGAGCAUGUAAAAUAAUUCUUGGAUUCUGUUCAACCAUAAUCAGACAAAGGUGUAUGUUGUAGAAAAAAGUGUGGAAUUGUUCCAAUUCCACCGUUAAUUUAUUCUUUUUGUAUUAAGAAUUUGUAUAGUACAUUUUUCAAAACAGUGUUGUUGGCAAAUGAAAAUGAAUUUUCAAGAUGAAAUUUGGUGGUUCUUGAGAUUAUGAAAAAUAAAUUAUUGCUGAAUGUUCUCAACAUG